UAAAACAAAAAAAAUAGUAAUAAUAAAUUUUGUGAAGCAAAUUAAAUUCACAACUGAAAAUGGUAGGUUUGAAGAGAGACAUUAUUGUGGCAUUGCCUGUAGUGUAUCUAAUCUUCGCCUCCCAUUCCCAUGUUGAUGCAUCCAACAACUUCUGUGCCACCGCCGUGGACAAACAGCUGUGCGAGAAUACGGUGAAGGGAGCAACAAAUUGGGAAGAGGCAAUAACUGAGGCAAUAGUUAAGGCUAUAUAUCAACAAGCCAAUGCGAGUACGUGGGGAAACCCCGCGUGUGAAAAGCCCUACAGAGACACGGAAGAAAAUUUGGUGGAGAGCCUGGAGAUUGUGGGCAUGACGAGGCAAAGCGACGAGGAUAAGAGUAAAGGUUUGAAGGCCAAACUCCCAAAAGCAUUAACUAGUCUUGAAGAUUGCUUUAAGAUACUCAAAGAUUUGAAACAAGACGCAUCUGCAGAAAAGAGAUUGAUGCACGGUGCCGAGCAAGCAAUCGGAGUUUGUUUGGCUGUUAAUUCAUUCAAAUCACCUGCCCCAUCCAAGCCACCAUCGUAUUCCAGGAAGAUGAAAUAAAUCAACAGAAAGUGAUACCAACAGUGUGGCCGUGUGGGUAAUCAUAUCAAUUACACCAAAAAGCAAUUGUAAAACCAACAGAAAGUGAUACAAUUAAAAGCAAUUGUAAUAAAUUUUUAAUGUAUUUUGCAUAUAUGAUAUGAUCCAAUGUCUAAGGAUUGGUCAUUUAUUUACUGUUGAAAUUCUAGCA